AUGUCAAAAUUGUUGAUUUCAGGUGCGCUAUUGAGCCUGAGAUGCUCCAAAAGGCAUCUAAAUGCCAGGCAACUCAAACGUUGCUGGUCAUCGAGCGUUUCCUCCUUUCAAAUUGGCCAAACUUCCGCCGGCAACGUAUUAUAUCCAAGGCAGGCGAAGAGUUUGAAAACCUUGCUCAACUCAGAGAAGAACUUGAGGAGAGGCUCUAGUGUUUUGAAAACAAGUUUGAGUGAUGGGAAACUCAAGCUUUCUGAUGGGAUUUUGAGCACCAAAGAAUGCACCACUACAACUACAAGCGAAUACUAUGAUUUGGACAAAACGAUUGGUUUACUAGGCAGCUCUGGGUAUCAUCCGGUGAGCUUAGUUCCAGACGAAAUUGUUACUUUCAAGUAUCUGUAUAACGGGAUCAGGUCCGAUAUCAUGGUCCUGGGGAACUGUGGGACGGUUGUGUCGUGGGGACUUGAAGAAACGGUGGUAAUGAAGCAUAUUUUACCCUUGAUACAAGACGCUACAAUCAAUGCUCUGCCACAGGCUCAUUUCGAAACCGAAGAUCUGGACUACAUCGAGAUUGAGUCCCUUCAAGAUCUGGAGAAAGUCCAAAGCCUUACAAAUAAGUCUGGCGAGGAAAGCUUUAUCGAGGGCGAUCUGAUAAUUGUCAACAACCUUGAUCCAGCUAUGGGUCUUCUCGAUAAAGCAGCAUUUUCAAGUGGUAUGUCGCGAAGCACCAGACUGGCCGUUUUGGAAGAACUUUUGAAGACUCACAUCGAAAAGUCUAGGAAGUUCACGGAACUUUUGUCAAAGGGCAAGAAACUAAAUCUCAAAGAACCGGAUGUACUCAAGUCUACUGGUAGUUUAUUUCUGAUCAGAGGGAAACUUAACCUGUAUUCUGAGCUCAUCGAGACGCCCGAUUUGUACUGGAGCGAGCCGCGACUAGAAAGAAUCUACAAACAAAUGUCUAAGAGUCUGGAUAUCCAGCCAAGAAUCACCAUCUUGAAUUCCAAGCUCGAUUUUGCAGCUGAGGAGUCAAGAGCAUUCAUGGCAGUUCUCAAUGAAAAGAAAAGCACCUAUCUAGAAUGGAUUAUAAUAUACCUGAUUACUGUCGAGGUCUGUUUUGAACUACACCACUAUUAUGAGCGCUACUGGCUCGAUAGACAUUUGGAAAGCCCGCAAAAUAGGUCAUAA